AUGACAGAUCGGAAGGAGAAACCACGAGGCAAAAAACCCAAGCCAGAAAACCCAAUAUCCGCAGCCACCAGAGCCUGGCUUCUCUCAGUACCUCCGCAAACACAGCCAUGGAACAGCCCAGACGAGCUCGAGACCCUACUCAACCAGCACACGCCCAAGCGGUUCACAGUAUACGAGCCCAUGCUGUUGCUCCCGAGCGGAAGUUUCAACAAGGGCCUAUGGCGAACCCUCCUCAACCACCCAGACAUCAGCGAGGAUGAGAUUCAUCGCCUGUGGGACGCAAUCCUCCGAGACGUCUCCAAGACUGGCUCAACCACAUUGACGCAUCUCGCCGUGAACGAAGGAAUCCCUCUGCAGACAAUCACAGACGCGGAUGGUGUGAUCGCCGACAAGAGCGAAAACAUCCUGCGAACUCCAAGCGGGCUCAAGAUCCUCCACGGCGACUUCGGCCCUUCCAGCAACCCCGCCAACCCCUCGCCUGAGGACUUUGAGGGAGCCUUCUGGGUGUCGACCAAGCAGAACGGCAUUCACCAAACAUGGGCUCCUCGAUGGACCAUGUUCAGCCGGGGGAACAUCAAGGAGAAGACGCGUCUCCUUGACUUUCACAGCCAGGCCGGUCCAGACACCCUGCCUCAUCGCCGGCAACUACCGGCCGCUGCUCUCAGAAGCUACUGGGCGGUGGACUUGUACGCGGGCAUCGGCUACUUCACCUUUUCCUACGCCAAGCUCGGACUGAGGGUUCUCUGCUGGGAACUCAACCCAUGGAGCGUUGAGGCACUGCGCCGCGGUGCUGUAGCCAACGGCUGGCGGGUAAAGGUCGUUCAGAGGGAAGAAGACCUCCGCUUACCUGCCGCAGACCUCUUGACAGGCGAUGAACAAAUCACCAUCUUCCUCCAGGACAACCAAGAGGCCGGUGCCAGGAUAGCAGACAUGCGAGCCUCGGGCACAGCUGUCGACAUCCUGCACGUCAACGGCGGGCUUCUCCCAACCAGCGAGCCUACUUGGCGACCGGCGUGGGAUAUCACCACACCUGCCGAGAAUGACUGCUGGCUUCAUCUCCACGAGAACGUCGGCGUCCACGAGAUAGAACCGCGGCGCGCACAGAUCCAACGCCUUUUCGACGGCUGGGCGGCAACGGCAGAGGGCGGCGGGCGAGCCGCGACGGUCGAGCAUGUCGAAUUAGUCAAGACGUACGCGCCCGAUGUCUGGCACUGCGUCUUUGAUGUACAUAUUACAAGAUCUAGUAGCGUUACAUGA